AUGUCGGCUCCAAGCAUCCUGCUCAAGCUACCAGCCCUGAAUCCGCCGAUUGCGACCCCGCCCAGCAUGAAGGUCUCCGAGAUCGUUGCAGCUGUGCGUGCGCGCGUGACCAGUGCGACCGAGUUGGCCAAGGCCACUGUGCUGAACGUCCGCACGGAGGCGCUCGCAUCGGCCGAGAGGCUGAAGACCUCCGUGACUGAGUCGGCGAACGCUGCCCAGACGAUGGCGAAGAACAAGAUGAAGGAAACAGUUGACAAGGCAGCGGCUGCCAAAGUGGCUGUCCUGAGCCAGGUUACAGCGGCCCGCGCCGCCGUGGCCGGCAGCUACACCGAGCUCCGCACGGAGGGCCUCAAGGCCUGGGCUGGCAAGAACUCCGAGGUGCUUCGCCAGAAGGCACUCACGACAGCCCAGGCGGUUCGGCAGGCUGCGGUGGCCCGACUGCAGAGCGCCCGCAAGUCGACUGUGGAGCUGACGAACUCUGUGCAUCAAGCAGCAGUUGCUCGGGUGCUUGCCGUGAAGGACCGCAUGGUCACAGCGCGCUCUCAGAUUCAUGCCCAGGCCAGCAACGCUGUGGUCACCGCCAAGGCCAAGGCUUUGGAGGUUUCCGGGAAGGCCAAGCAGGCGGCCAAGGAUGGUCACGUGCAGGCGACGGCUGCUGGCAUUGCAGGCGGCGCGGCGACCCUGGGGGCCGCUGGCGGCGCCACCGGCCUGGCCUCCGGCGCAGCUGUCGGGGCGGCCCUCGGCGUGGCCCCUGCCCUGUUCACCUUUGGCCUGUCCAUCCCCAUCGGCGCUGCCAUCGGGGGAGGCACCGGGCUGGCUGUGGGCACCACCGUCGGGGCUGCCGCCGGGGCCGUAAGCGGUGGCGCUGCUGGCUACGGUGCCUAUGCCAAGCGCGGAGAAAUCCAAGAGAUGCGAAAGAACGCCAUGACACGAGUCUCCUCCGGAGUGGACUUGGUCAGAGGCAAGGCGGUGGCCUCCGUGGACUUCGUGAAGGACAAGGCAUCUGCGGUGCGCGCGCGCUUCGGCGGACAGGCAGCGGCAUGA